AUGGCGGACCCAAAAGAUCUUUCUCUUCCGCCGGGUGUUCGCGAUGCUUCUCGUCGACAUCUUUAUAAUCCUGUGAUACGGGAUAGGGUGAUAUUCGACAGAUAUGGUCAAGAGACAGAUGGCGAAUGUACUGAGGCUCGCGUUACUCUUGCUCCUGGUGGCGGGUCACCGUUGCAUUACCAUGUCUCCUACGCCGAGCAUUUCGAAUGCACAACUGGAACCCUUGGCGUCAAUAACAACAACGACCUCCUCCAUCUCUCACCUGGGGAAAAGGCUAUAGUCCCACUUAACACCAAGCAUAAUUUCUUCAACGACACGGACUCUGAUGUCUCUUUCAUAGUCAAACUUGUACCGGCCCAUCUAGGGUUUGAGAAGAGUAUCUAUAUAUUGUACGGGUUGGCCAAUGAUGGCGAGUGUGAUGAGACUGGGGUCCCGAAGAGUUUCUUGCAUCUGUGCGUGAUUUCUGAGUUGGGGGAUUUGAAGUGGCCGGGUCUGUUUAGUUGGUUGGGGAAUGGGGUUACGAAGAGUGUUGCCGCGUAUGCGAGGUGGAGUGGGGAGGAGGAGAGGUUGUUGAAGAAGUAUUGGUAUUGAAUCGAGG